AGCACAUACUCUAUAGACUUUAUUAUACGCAAAUUGUUCAAUAAUCGAGAUCAAGAAACUCAAGGCUGUGUCCAGUUAAGCAAAGGGGAACGAACAAACACAGGAAAUGGAGGAAUUGAAGGAAGUCGAGAAAGUGGAAAAGAAAAAAAGAGAAGGCGGCGCAUGCGCAGUAACUGUAAACAGUGUUGAUUCAAUUUUGAAUUGGUUGUGGUCGGGUAUUAGCCAUUGAAGUUGAGGUCAUUACUAAAAAUGACCAAAUUGAAAGUUGAAAUGGAAUCGAACAAGGAAGCGCUCAUUGUGGCGGAAGAUAGUGCGGUCUAUCAAAGUAACUUGCGAAGAUGACGAGGAAAAGAGACAAUUAUACAUAGGUUACUUUCUCAACCAUCUUUAUGCCUGUGUUGACGAUAAGUUCUUCGACGUAUCACUGUCGCUCGUUAUGUCAGUUACGAGCCAUAACAAGUGACAGAAGCAGUAAACAUGAUAAUUAAACUCACUGUGUGAUGUUCUCUAAUAAUAGGGACAAUACGCUCAAAAAAGAUACGAUGGCGAAUGAAAUAUCGAUGAAUAUUCUGACAUUAAAUUGUUGGGGUAUACCAUAUGUUUCAAAAAAUAAAACAGCACGUAUGCAUGCUAUUGCGGACAAGUGUGCUAGCAGUGAUUAUGAUAUAAUUUGUUUGCAAGAAGUUUGGUCCUUUGAUGAUUUCAAUAUGAUAAAAGCGAAAGUACAAGAAGUGCUUCCUUAUUUCCAUUACUUUUUCAGUGGUGUUUUUGGAUCGGGAAUAUGCAUUUUAUCACGGUAUCCUAUUCAUGAUGUUAUGUUCCACAAGUGGCCCUUGAAUGGUUACGUUCAUAAGAUUCAACAUGCAGAUUGGUUUGGUGGCAAAGGUGUUGGGCUUUGUAAAAUUAAUAUUCGCAAAAUGAAUAUUAAUAUUUAUGUUGCACAUCUGCAUGCGGAAUAUAAUCGAGAGAAUGAUGAAUACAUAGCUCACAGAGUGCUUCAAGCAUUUGAUACUGCUCAAUUUGUAAGAAUGACAAGUGGUGGCACUGAUGCUGUGAUAUUAGUUGGUGAUCUCAAUACCGAACCUGGAGAUUUAGCAUAUAGGAUUAUACGAGGUGUUGCUGGUUUAACAGACGCGUGCCCGAACAGCCAGAGUCAUAUAGGGACCAAUGAAUGUGCCAACAAUAGUUACACCAGCUCACAGCUUGCUCGAACAAAACCAGAGGGAAAGCGUAUAGAUCAUAUUUUAUACGUGGGUUCGAAAAAUGUUAAGGUUGAUGUCAUGAACUUCGAGCAUCCCUUGCCAAAUCGCGUGCCAUACAAAAACUUUAGCUAUUCAGAUCACGAAGGUGUAAUGGCUACUCUUAAAUUUGGAAAGAAUGAUCAUGGCACAAACGUUCUAGAUAUAACGAAUUCUAUGAAAGAAGCACUUGAAAUUUGUGAGGUCGCGUUGAAACGAUUGCAGCGACAACGUUGUUGGUACUUAUUGUGGAGUUGCAUACUGCUCAUUCCGUUGGUUUGGUCUAUUGGGCUAAAUUAUUACAUAGGUACCUCGAUAGGAAUAGACAUCGGUUUGAACAUAGCACGUAUCCUAUUAACAGCAAUUUUGUGUUACACUCUAUUCAUGAGUACGAUAUGGAACAGCGUGGAAAAAAAUGCUUUAAAAGCAGGAUAUUCAGCAAUAGAAAUUUUCAUGGCAAAACUGAAUGACAACAUGAUUAGAAACUGAAAAAAGUUAAACUAAAUUAAUUAAAUCUAACACAGCUCAAAAUUAAAAAAAAAAAAAAAAAAAUUUAUGCUCAGAAAAAAAUACAAAGCUUAUUUGUUAAGUUAAAUAGAAUGAUUUAAAUAUUUGGUUUGAAUUAGAGUCAGUCUGCGGAGUAUACGUAUCAAAUUUUAAAAAGUGAUAUUAUAGCUACAAGUUUAUAUUUUUACACUUAUUUAUCGCGAGAUUGAAGCAAAUAAGAAAGAAAACUCAGAAAAUAAAUUAAUAAAUCUAAAUAUCAAGGCCUAAGCUUUUUAUGGAACACAGUAAAGCUGGUAUCCAAGUUAUUCAUUAUUGAUGAAAGAAUGUAACAAUUUUAAGCGAGUGUUUAAAAAUAUAUACAUUCGCUAAGACAAUA